AUGUCCUCCACAUUUGCCAGAUCCUGGGGCCUCCCUUUGGGAGUCGGGACGACAUCCUCCAACGAGCUAGAGACCCGAUACUCUGUGCAGACCCUGCUGCGAGUCCAGACAAACCGCCUGCCACCGUUGUUUCAAACCGGACUUCGCUGCUUGCUUCACGCACUCCAAUCUCGUGGAAAUUUGGAUCCCAACCCAGAAGUUGCGUCCACAAAGAUGAACCCGAUCACUUUGAUCACGUUUUCCGUACAGGGAGUCCAUGUGUUGACGAUAAUCCCAGCUGAUCUUCCAACUUCGGGUGGAGCGCAGGUACGCUUUGCUAUUUGCGUAAACCACCACCUGAAGGUCAACGGUUCUUCAAAUCGUCAGAUCGUGGCGUCAGAAUCAGAAGGCAGUCGCUGA